ACAGGCCUCCCGAUUAUAAGCAAGCAAUACAUUAAAAAAUAUACGCCACUAUGGCGGACCUGGGUCUGGGCAAGGAAACCACGAAAGACCUGACCCGUAUCGAGCGGAUCGGCGCUCACAGCCACAUUCGCGGCCUGGGCCUGGACGAUGCGCUAGAGCCUCGGGAAGUUAGUCAAGGGAUGGUCGGUCAAACAGGGGCACGCCGGGCUGCGGGGAUAGUUUACAAAAUGAUCAAGGAAGGGAAGAUUGCAGGGCGUGCCAUCCUCCUAGCCGGUCAACCUGGCACGGGGAAGACAGCCGUGGCCAUGGGCUUGGCACAAGCACUGGGGGAAGGCACCCCCUUCACGACGAUUGCGGGCUCGGAGAUCUUUUCCCUGGAGAUGUCCAAGACGGAGGCCAUGACGCAGGCCUUCCGUCGCAGCAUCGGGGUGCGGAUCAUGGAGGAGACGGAGAUCAUCGAGGGGGAGGUGGUGGAGGUCCAGGUGGACACGCCGGCGGGGGGUGGGGCCAAAACGGGUAGGAUCACCCUCUGCACCACGGAGAUGGAGACUGUGUACGACCUGGGGGCCAAGAUGAUCGAGGCGCUCCAGAAGGAGAAGGUCUCGGCGGGGGACGUGAUCACCAUUGACAAGGCGAGCGGGAAGAUUAGCAAGCUGGGCCGGUCCUUCACGCGCUCCCGGGACUACGAUGCCAUGGGCCCCCAAACGCGCUUCGUGCAGUGCCCGGAGGGGGAGCUCCAGAAACGGAAGGAGACGGUCCACGUGGUCAGUCUCCACGAGAUCGACGUCAUCAAUUCCCGGCAACAGGGGUUCCUGGCCCUCUUCGCGGGGGACACGGGGGAGAUCAAGGGGGAGGUGCGGGAGCAGAUCGACAUGAAGGUGGCAGAGUGGCGGGAGGAGGGGAAAGCGACCGUGGUGCCAGGCGUCCUUUUCAUCGACGAGGUCCACAUGCUGGACAUCGAGUGCUUCUCCUGGCUCAACCGGGCCCUUGAAAGCGACUUGGCGCCCGUCUUGAUCAUGGCCACGAACCGAGGGAUGGCUCAGAUUCGAGGCACAGCCUACAAGAGCCCGCACGGUAUUCCCAUCGACCUCUUGGACCGGCUCAUGAUUAUUAGCACCACCCCUUACGCCGAGGCGGAGGUGCGGAGAAUCUUGCAGAUUCGAUGCGAAGAGGAGGACGUCGAGAUGAGCGAUGAUGCACUGGAACUUUUGACCAAAAUAGGAAUGGAAGCUUCGUUACGGUACGCCAUUCACAUGAUCAUGGCCGCCUCGCUCGUUGCCCACAAGCGAAAAGCCGGUGAGGUGGAUGUACAAGACAUCAAGAGGGUGUAUUCAUUAUUCGUAGAUGUCAAGCGGUCGACGCAGUUUCUGGUGGAGUACCAGCAGGAGUUCAUGUUCAAUGAACUGGGGGGGGAUGACAUGGAGGAGGAGGAGGAGGAGGAGGAGGAGGAAGAGGGGGAGAAAGCAGCGGUAGGGGAGGGGAGGGAGGGAGCGGCGGACAUGGCAGAGGAUUAA